AUGAAAACCUUUGCCUUAGUUGCCCUUAGCCUGAUGGCUGUUGCCACAGCUGCUCCCCAAUUUGGUGGCUAUGGAUAUCAAGCCCAACCUAGUGCUCCCGUUGUCAGCACUGGCUAUCAGGGUGGUGAGAAAUAUUUACCUCCCGCCAGCACCACUCCCGCUCCCAUUGUACGCAAACAAUUCUAUUUGGUAUCGGCUCCCGAAGAUAAUGACGGACAACCUAAACACAAACACUUAGUUUUGGGCCGCCCACAAAAGAACUAUCGUGUUGUGUUCAUUAAGGCUCCAGGUUCGGAUAAUGCCAACGUGAAAUACUCUGCCGAAUAUGCUCCACAAGAAGAGAAGACUGUCAUCUAUGUGCUCAGCAAGAAGGAGAAUGAAUUGAAUGCCGGUGAUAUUGCCACACCCGCCCCCACAGAGGCCAGCAAACCUGAGGUAUUCUUCAUCAAGUACAAGACACCAGAGGAAGCUGAGGCUGCCCAACGUGAAAUUCAAAACGAAUACGACAAAUUGGGUGGCACCAACGAAUUCUCCGAUGAAGGUGUUGCUCCUCUCACUUCAGUUGUUGGUGCUUUAGAUGGCCUCACCCCUGAUGGUGCCUACAAUUAUCAACCCAUUGCUCCCAGCUCUUCGGAAAAAUCCGCCAUCAGCCAAUAUUUGCCUCCUAUCACUAAAUAG